UUAUUCUCCAAAUAUUUUUCCAAAAUUUUCUUUUACAAAAAAUACACAUUUAUUUUACUAUUCUUUUAUUUAUCCCAUACACCCUCGCUUUAUUUAUUUCCUUUUUUUAUUUAAAAUUGUUAGUUUCCGCAUGCCUAUCGGGUUGGCACAGGUAAAUACUCUUUAUCCUUUUUUUGAGGAUUUUUGGGGCAUUUUUCUUUUACUUUUCUCUCCAAGGAAAAUAUUUUUAAAUUUUAUUUAGAUAAUUUUAAAUAUAUGGAAUUUUAUCUGAUAAAUUUUAAAUUAAAAAAUAUAAUUAUUUUCUGUUUAUUUGUUUGGCUAAAAAUGUCCCAAACUAUUUCUGAUGAAGAACAAUUACAAUUAUUUUCUAGUACUUUUCCCCCACCUUCCCCUAUUGUCAAUAUAAACAAUAAAGUAAAUGAAUUAGUUGACCAAAUUGAAUCUAUCGAUGUUUCUUCUAAUCAAAUAAUUAUAAUAACGACUAGACAAGGACCUCCAGAUAUGGCUAGAGUAGCGAUACAAAUUGUUGAUAUUGAAAGUGGGGAAGUAUUGCCACAUAUGAAUUUAACUGGAAUUUUGUUAUUGCUUACUAGAGGUAUUGAAAAUAAAUUGAGUAUUGAAAUAUAG